CCUAAAAUACCCCAAACUCUCACCGCCGAUCCCAAUCCCUACCUCACCGCCGAUGUGAGCCACGCCGGAGAUUCCCAAGCCGCGGGCGCUUCCUGCCGCCGAAUCGAUUCCCUCGCAGGCGAGGCCACUAGGAGGACCUCAGGAGUAAGCUACUUGUAUGAUGGAGGCUGCAAUGUAUCGCCAUUGGUCAGAUCUUCAGCCGGAACUCCUGGGCCUUGUUCUCAAGCACCUGCCCUCCCUGUCUGACCGUGUUCGUCUAAGAGCAGUCUGUCGCACCUGGCGCUCUAAUAGUAUGUUGCAGCCCCUUCCUCUGCCAUUCCCGUGGCUCACCCUCCCAGACGGUACUUUCCUCAGCAUUCCAGGCAGUGAAAUUCACCGCAUACCUGUACCAGAAGGUGCUUGUUGCCAAGGCUCCAUUGACAACUGGCUAUUCCUCAUUGACAAUGGUAAUGUGUGCUCAUUGAUGAAUCCUUUCUCCAAGACUGCAUUAGAGCUUCCUAAUCUAGUGGCUGUUUGGGAGCGUGAGAUACGUUACCACUCUGACCGUAAACCAAUUUUCUAUAAGUUGGUGGUGCCCUCUCCCCUGGACUCAUCACCUCAUUCCCCUGUCGUUGCACUAAUCAUGGACGAUGGUUGUUUCCAUACACUCUGUAUUAGCCAGCCACCGAUCGCCACUGGCUCGCUCAGAGAUAAUAAGGAUCCACGACUGUUCCUCAGUGAUGUUGUAUUCUUCAACGGGAAGUUGUACGCAUGGGGUCGCUUCGGCCAGCUAUUCAUCGUUGAUUUGGACAAUGACCGUACCAUUUCAUCCAUCAGCUGCAUAAUUGACUCUUUGGGUGAUAUAGGUGGAACACCUCAAGAUUUGUCCAUAGCAGAGGAGUACAUGGUCUUUGAGGCAGACCUGCACACCAGCCCCGGUCGAUGGAGAAAGGCCACUGAGUUGGGUGGCCAUGCGCUCUUUCUUGGCCAACAUGGCUCCAAGUGCCUGCCUGCUGUGGAAUGCAGUGGAUACCAUGAGGAUUGCAUCUACUUCAUGUGUGACUAUGUCUGGCCGACCUCUUCUGCGAAUCCUCUUUGCGACUCUGGUGUGUACAGCAUGAGGGAUGGCACAAUCACGCCAUUGAUGUCAGAGGCAGCAGCAGCACCGCUGCAGCGUGUUGGACAGUGGCGGCCCACAUGGUUCUUCCCUCCUCAAGCUGUGUGA